ACGUAUCUUGCACUGGGCGGAUUUUUUUCAUAAUAAAUAGAUCUCGUAAACUGUUUCUUGCCAGUAACUGUUAUCGACUGGUCCGAAUAAGACAUGGAAAAAGUACAAUUUAGGAUAAAUGGCAAGCCGUAUUCUGUGGGUUGCGAUGUGGACUCCCAAAUGACGUUGGUCGAGUUCCUGCGGAACAGAGCGGGUCUUCGCGGAACUAAGUACAUGUGUCUAGAGGCUGGCUGCGGAGCUUGCAUCGUCAGCGUCGUCAAAGGCGAAGGCUGCACACCGGAGGCUGUGAAUUCUUGCAUGGUGUCUAUACUUUCAUGCCAGAACUGGGACAUAACAACCAUAGAAAAGUUGGGAAACAGGCUGAAUGGGUACCAUCCAAUUCAGAAGGUUCUGGCGAAACAUAAUGGCACACAGUGUGGGCAUUGCUCUCCAGGAUGGGUUAUGUCUAUGUAUAGCCUCUUGGAAAGUAAGCCGGAUAUAACAAUGCUUGAAAUAGAAAAGUCUUUAGGCAGUAAUAUAUGUAGAUGCACUGGAUACCGGCCCAUUCUUGAGGCUUUUAAAACAUUUGCUAAAGAUGCUCCAGCACCACAAGAUAUUAAUGAUAUAGAAGAUCUGCACAUAUGCACGAAGAAAGGGAUCAUUUGUAAACAUAAAUGCCAUGAUGAUGAUUGGUGUGUUGUAUCACACAAUGAUGUAGAUGAAUUGAAUAUACAAGAAAUACAUUUGGAGGAUGGCAAAUCUUGGUACAGAGUACAAAAUGUUAACGAUAUUUUUCAUAUUUUUAAAACAAAAGGAACAGAUUCUUAUAUGCUCGUGGCUGGAAAUACGGCAAAGGGUGCGUACCCUAUAGAAGAAUAUCCAAAUAUGAUUAUCGAUAUAAGUGACGUGCAAGAACUAAAAACAUAUGAAAUAGAUCAAAAUUUAGUUUGUGGUUCGGGCACAACUCUUACAGCAUUGCUAAAAAUAUUUGACGAACUUUCACAACAAAAUUAUUUUAAAUAUUUUAAAGUUCUGCGUGAUCAUCUGGAUUUGGUGGCACAUAUUCCAGUGCGAAAUUUGGGUACUAUUGGAGGCAAUUUGAUGAUUAAACAUCAGCACAAUGAUUUUCCGUCAGAUAUUUACCUAUUACUUGAAACAGUUGGUGCGCAAGUAACAAUAGUGUGUUCUCCAAAAGUAACAAAAAUAAUGACCAUGCAGCAAUUUCUAAAUACAGACAUGAAAGGAAAAGUAAUUUUAAAUGUACUUUUUCCUCCGUUCAAUGACGAAAUGUAUAAUGUCGUAACAUAUAAGAUAAUGCCACGUGCUCAAAAUGCGCAUGCAGUAGUGAAUGCUGGAUUCCUUUAUAAAUACCAAGCCUCUAACAACAAAGUGUUAGAAUCAAGAAUCGUCUACGGUGGACUCUCACCUAGUUUCACGAGAGCUAAAUCUACAGAAUUGAUUUUAUUCAAGAAGGAAUUAUUUACAAAUGAUACGUUACAGUCCGCAUUAAAAAUGUUGGAAACAGAGCUCAAGGUGGAAGCGAUUCCUGGUGAACCUUCAGUGGCAUACCGAAAGCAGUUGGCUCUUGCUUUGUUCUACAAGAGUUUAUUAUCAUUAUGCCCUGCAAGCUUGAUCAAUCCCAGGUUUCAAUCAGGAGCAUCAAAACUGAUUGAAUCCAGGCCAGUGUCACAGGCACGACAGCUAUUCGACACUGAUCCGUCAACGUACCCACUUACUCAGCCUAUACCAAAAAUUGAGGCAUUGAUUCAAUGUGCAGGUGAGGCUUUAUAUACAGAAGAUCACGCCACCUAUCCUCAUGAGGUCUACGCAGCACUCGUACUAAGUACAGUAGCAACUGGUGAAAUUGUAUCUAUAGAUCCAAGUCUUGCUCUGAAACAAGCAGGAGCAAUCGCAUUCUACUCUGCCAAAGAUAUACCGGGACUGAAUUCAUUUACACCCGCUGAAGAUCCUUUUGCUUUAACAAACGAAGAAGUGUUUUCGAGUGGGCAAAUAAAAUACUUCAACCAGCCCAUUGGUGUGAUUGCUGCUGAGAAGAAACAUAUAGCUAAUAGAAUUGCUAAAAUGGUCGAUGUUACAUACAAAAAUGUUGAAAAGCCGAUUAUUGACGUUAAAAUUGCUAAAAACGAUUCCAGCAGAGUCAGUUUAAAGCAAGAAAUUGAUGCAACGGAAACAGGAAACGACGUCGAUAAAGUCAUUAAAGCUAACUAUACAGUCCGAGGACAGGCUCAUAUAACAAUGGAGACAAUUGUUUGUAUAACAAAACCAACUGAAGAAGGCUUAGAAGUUCAUACUACAACCCAGUGGAUGGACGCACCUCAGUCAAUGAUAGCAAGAGCUUUAGCUAUUGAACAAAACAGGGUUGAUGUUCAUGUACGACGAUUAGGAGGUUCUUUUGGAUUGAAAAUAUCUCGAAACACACUCUCUGCGGUCGCUUGCAGUCUCGUUUCGUAUAAGUUGAACCGACCCUGUCGGCUCAUUAUGCCCUUAACCUCGAUAACCAGAGCCUUAGGCAAAAGGUUCCCUUGUUCAUCUGAUUACGAAGUAGCGGUUAACUCCCAAGGAAUAAUUCAGUACAUGAAUUUAGAUACGUUCGAAGACCAUGGAUUUAUGGUUAAUGAAAAUUUAACUUUCUUAGCUAUAGGCUCAUAUAAUAAUUGUUAUAAUCCGUCACGAUGGAAAUACAGAAAUUUCGAUACUCUUACCGAUACUGCAAAAAACUCUUGGUUCAGAGCACCAGGUCAUUUGGAAGCUGUGUCAACAGUGGAAGUUAUAAUGGAUCAUUUAUCAUAUGAAAUGUCCUUGGAUCCACUUGAAGUCCGAUUAUUAAAUUUGGACGAAUCGGCUUCUACCGGCAUAUUGGAUGUACUUAGCAUUAUAAAAGAUCGUGCCGAAUACAGUACAAGACAAAUAGCCACACAAAAAUUUAAUACAGAGAAUAGAUGGAAGAAAAGGGGUCUACGAGCUUCCCUUUUAAAAUGGGUUCAAACUAAUCCUCGAUACUUUAAUGUAUUAUUAUCAGUUUUUCAUGGUGAUGGCACUGUUAUCAUAUCACAUGGUGGUAUAGAAAUGGGUCAAGGUAUAAAUACUAAAGCUGUACAAGUAUGUGCAUAUCUUUUAAAUCUUCCACUAGACAAAAUACAAGUUAAACCAAAUAGCACCACAAUAUCCCCAAAUGUGUCAGUUUCUGGCGGAAGCUUGACUACUCAAUAUGCAAUUAUUGGUGUUCGUAAAUGUUGUUUGGAAUUAUUAGAAAGAUUGAAGCCAAUUCGGGAGCAAAUGGAAACAGGUUAUACUUGGGCAGAACUCAUUCAAAAAGCAUUUGAUUCGAACGUCAACUUGCAAGUACAAGGAUUUGCUGGUUCUGAAAGCGAAUUGGAAUAUAAUAUAUUUGCGAUUGGUUUAGCGGAAGUUGAAGUGGAUAUACUAACAGGAGAAAGAGAAAUUUUACGAGUGGAUGUUGUACAAGAUGUUGGCCACAGUGUUAGUCCUGAAAUUGAUAUUGGUCAAAUAGAGGGUGCUUUUAUCAUGGGUCUAGGAUAUUGGGUCACGGAAAAAUUAGAAUACAAUUCAGAUACUGGAGAAAUAUUAACUGACCGAACUUGGAACUAUCACGUACCGCAAGCCAGAGAUAUACCGCAAGACUUUAGGGUUUACUUCAGAAAGAACUCUUAUGGCGAAACAAUUAUUUUCGGAUCGAAAGCUGUUGGAGAACCGCCGAUGUGUGUGUCAGUAUCAGUACCUUUGGCUAUAAGAGCAGCAAUGACAUCAGCAAGAUCCGAUGCUGGAAUCUCAACUACAACUUGGUUUGAAAUAGAUGGACCAUUUUCGUUAGAAAAUGUUUGCUUAGCGGCAGGGACAAAAAUUUCGGAUUUUAAGUUUUCGUAAAAAUAAUGUUAUUUUAUGUAAUUUUUCGUUAGCAAGUAGGUAAUAAGUUGUAUGUAAUAAGAAGUAGCAAGUUUAUUAUAAACUUAAAUUAUGUAUAGUACUUACAGUAAAAACCAAGCAAUUUUGUAAUGCAGUAAAAUGGGCA